AUGAACCGGGUCAGCGCAGGAGAAGACUUCCCACAGCUGCUCCUUGACUCCCUCUUCGUCCUCACCCUCGUCUUCCUCACCAGCAGGAUGAAGGUGCUCAGUGUGUGUCUCACCCUCUGUCACCUUUUGACCCCGGCUCGAUCCGUCCCGCUGAACGCCACCGCCCCGGCGGGCAAGUCCUCGGGCCUCUGUGAGUACGAGGUGCUGCUGUGCUCCGGCGCCACCGGCUCCUUCUGCCCCCAGUGCGACGCCAUGGGGAACUUCCUCCCGCUGCAGUGCUGGGUUUCCACCGGAUACUGCUGGUGUGUGAACGUCAUCACCGGCGUGGAGAUCCCCAGCACGCAGACGGGCCCGGGGAUGGAGCCUGCUCAGUGUGGCACCGGGUUCUCCUGCCCCCCCGGCUGGAGCCAGUACACAGAGCGCUGUUUCAUCUUCAUCAACACCUCCAAGAUGUGGGCUGAGGCUGAGAUCUACUGUCAGUUUGAAGGAGCCAACCUGGCGUCGAUCCACAGCCCCGAGGAGAACCACUUCAUCAUGUCUCUGACCCGAGGACACACCCACAACUUCCCUCACACCUGGAUCGGGGGCGUGGCUCCCGUACUGCCCGGUUACUGGCUGUGGACUGACGGCUCCAGGUUUGACUACGACAACUGGUUUAACCACCACGACACCAGUAAUCCCAGCGAGACCUGCCUGAGGAUGAACUACGGAUACGACUUCAAGUGGCUCUACAGCUCGUGUUCGGCUUCUUUCCCUUUUGUUUGUUCCAAGUUAGUCUGAACUCUGUCUUCCAAUCAGGUUCCCUGGUCACAUGAAAGGUAGAUUAUAUAUAAACACAGCUUCUAUAGGUUCAUUUUCUUGGCUUGGAUGUUUCACUUGUGGCGUAUCCAGCUUCUAAGA